AAGCUCGUUUCUUUGCCACGCACUGUCACUAUCACUGGAGCUUUCGUACCAAACUAAAUUUGUCUUUCUGAGUUUUCCGUCUAUUCUCCCAUUGUGCCUUGCGCCGCUGCUAGGCAACGGAGCGGCAUGGUGCCUAGCGUGGAAGGGGGAAGGCCAGACAGCCUGUGGGGCGUACUCGGACGGGCAAGAUGGGCGGGGCCUCUCUCGGAGAGAACAGCUAUAAGGCUGGCGAUAUCGAGAGACGCCUGAUGAGACUCCGGGGUUCAGUUUGGACUGGUCCGGUAGGGAAAGGGCGAGAAGCAUCUGAUUCUAUGAACUUGCCAAAUGAGGAUCAGUGGGACGAAACCAACUGCAGCUCAGCAGUUUGUCAGCAUCCACAAUGCUGGGCAUCUCUCCGACGGAUUGAGAGGGGCCAUCCUAGGAUCCUGGACUCGCCCAGCAAAUCUUCCCGGGAGAUUGAUGAUAAACUCCCGACACUCACCAUUGUCAAUAUCACGGAUGCCUACCUGUGGACCAAGAAGAGGGUGGCUCUACGACAGUCACCAGAAUUUCCCUUCCCUAAGGAGCGGGAGCGGUCUCUGUUGAAACCAGCCUCCAGGCGCCACAGCAGGUCUCAGAAGGCUUUCCGUGACAAAGGUGUAACCAGUUGCUCUAGACCUCCUAAACUUUCAGUGUUGAAUUUGAACGAGGUGAAACUUCCUUUCUCCGAAGAUGUCAGAAACAUGGUGGUAACCUGGGUUCCAGAAGAAAUGGAGAAAAACAUUAGCUCAGUUGAAAAGACUUCUGCUUUUUCCAGCUGGCUUGAGAAGAAGAGAAAGAAACUGGGAGAGAAAAGCAAGCCAUCUCUGUAUUUCUCUGGAAGGCAGUAUACGUCAACACACUCAGGAAGUCCGGGGGUGAUUGUGCCUCCUCCCUCCCCAGUGCACUUAUUUGAUGAAUUAAGUUCAGAAGCCAUACCUCUAUUGGCCCAAGUCGACAUACUUCCCCAGGAUCUCCUGAAGGAAUGCAUUUUGGCACAUGAGAAAACCAUGACUUGUCCUGAGGUAAAGAUAGAGUUGGCCAAGAUGAAAAAGAAUCUUCCUCUGGAAAAGACCCGCCCCGACAGCGCUAUCUCUUCUAAGAUGUAUCUAACUGUGCACCGCCUGACCCUGCAAAGACCAUCGUUGAGGUACCCUGAACAUCUGAGGAAGCUGCAGUACAACCUGAAGAGAGCCGAAGGACCUUCAGGUUACAGGAAGCAGCAGAAGCAGCAGCAGAGGAAGGUGGAAACCUCUACUGAAAUGCAGGAGGCUGAGAAGAAAGUCAAGAGUGAUGUGGAGAAUGAGUAUAGCCCAAGAAUCCCAUCAAGACAGGAAAGUAAACAAAAGCAGAAGGAGCAGGAAGAGGAGGGGAAGAAAGCCAGUAUGAAGCGCGUUUCCAUAGAUGACUCAGUGGCAUCUGAUGCGGACACCUACUACACAGACUACUCCAUCAGUCCAGAGAGUCCUGUAAUAUAUGAGUCAGCUUACAAGGACAUGAGUGAUGUGGAUGAGACUAUGCUGGGAAUGCUUCCUUCCAGCCCAGACAGCAGUCCCAGGAGUAUGUCCGGAAGUGUGGACAGAACCGGCUGGAACCCUGAUCUCAAACUGCUGAGGAUUCUUCAGGCCAGUGUUGAGGAAGAUGAGGACAACCAUCUUUCUAGGGCACAGAGCGAGUCGUCUCUGGAUGCUUAAACUGGGGAUGCUUAGGCUCGGUAUUUUGAGGACAUUGACUUUGGACAUUGGGUAGAAAAGAGACUUUUGUUCUCUGGAUUCCUCCAACAGGAUGAGGGCUUAGAGACCUUGCUUUUUUCAUUUACUUUACAACUCCAAAAUGAGUGAGAAAAAAGCCCUAGUACCGGUAAAUAUAGGGAACUUUUCCAGGGCAGAUUAUUUCCACGAUUAAACCCAAUCUAUCAAAGGACUUGUUCUCUGUUUCCAGGAAGAGAGGAGGUAGGUGCUUCCUUGUGUCUGUUUUCUGGGUCCCUUUUAUUGCUCUGAAAUCUUUGCAGUGGUAGGAAGCUGGACUCAGCUAUGGGAACCUCUAUAAUAUCCCUGUAUACUCCACUCAUCCCUUGGAGGUGCCUUCUCUUGGUAACGGGGCCUGCACCAUUAUCCAGUGUUAAUCAUUGUGGGCUGCUCCCACCUUAGAGUUCAUCUUAGCUACAAAUAAUUCAAUAUCGAAAAAAAGCACUAAAAAUCCAAAAAUUAUUUCAUUACACAGAACUGAUACUGAUUGCUUGAUUUCACAUAUCUAAGCACAUUCAAAUUUUCAUGUCUUAUUAAGUUUUUUUACAGUUGACAUAUUCAUAUUAGAUUUAUAAUUUAUAAUUAGAAUAUAAUUCAUAUUAGAUUUAUUUUCUCAGUAUGCUCUAAUCUCUUUUAAUUUGUACAUCCCCCUCAUUUUUUUCUUUCUCUUUCCCUAGAAUUCAUUCCAACUCUGAAGAACUUAACAAAAUUUCUAGUUUCUAAGAAAUCUAGUCAUGCCGGGCGGUGGUGGCGCACGCCUUUAAUCCCAGCACUCGGGAGUCAGAGGCAGGUGAAUUUUUGUGAGUUCGAGGCCAGCUUGGUCUACAAGACCAAGUUCCAGGACAGGUUCCAAAGCUACAGAGGAACCCUGUCUCAAAAAAAAAAAAAUUUAGUCUUCAGGGAAAUUUCAAUGUCUAUAAAGACAAAGACCCAGAAUUCCAGAGUCUUAGGAGUCUUCUAACUUGGUUUUUGUAUGGAUUUUUUUCCAUUGUGUUUAGUCCAUAAAAAACUUUUACUAUUAAAAAACUAAAAUCUUUUAACCUGUAAAAUUUCAAAAUUGCAUAAAAAGUAAAGGGAAUAUAAUAUAAUAUAGCAAAACUCUACCUGGAGCAUUGGUCAGUUUUUUUUUUUUAAAGGCCUUUGGUUGGGUUAGACCACAUACUUUAGAAAGACCUACUGUUGCUUUGUUUUGUUUUUCUAACUAAUGUUGUUUUUCAUGGAUGGAGAAGUCUGUAAGACUUAAAAAGAUGGUAGAGCUUACCAUCUUUUUAAAAUGUAACUCUUAAAGUUCUUUGAAAACUUCAUAAUGCAUAUCAUGUAUUUUGAUCAUAUUGACCCCUGUGUCUUUCAAGCAUACCUUCUUGAAGUCUCAUUUCUUUUGUAUUUGACCCCUGUAUCUGGAACCCUAGAAUUCCUUAACUAAAUGGUCUCACACUUGCUUCCAUGGCCUCUGCAAGGCUCUUUCCUGAGCCUGUGAGCUAUAUGUGUGCUGCUGGGUUUGAGGUGCUUAAAAGAGGUCUGGUUCGAGAGCAUGCAGCCGGAGCUUGGGUGCCAGGGCCAGAGCGUCUGCAGGUGAGACUCAUCAGAAGAGGAGCCAGAGACAUGAAGACGGGCCGUGUACUUAGGCUGGUUCUUGGAUUGCAUUGGAUGUCAGGUGUGGCACCUCCUGAAGCUGUGAGGCUUGGAUGAUGAUGGACUUCUAGGUAAUGAGUAUAGCCUGGUGACUUGGUUACUUUUCUCUUACUGUGAUAAGCCACAGUGACCAAGGCAGUUUAUAAAACAAAAUGUUUAAUUUGUUCUCACAGUUUUGGUGACUUUGAGUUCAUGAUGGGAGCAAAGUCAUGGCAUCAAGAACCACUGAGAGCUUACGUUUUGAUCUGAGAGUGUGAGGAGAGAGGGAGGGAGCACUGGGUAUUGGAGCCUGGACCCUAGUGACACACCUCCUUCAUCAAGGCCAUACUUCCCAAUCAUUCCCAAACAGUUCCACCAAUUGUGGGCCGAAUAUUCAAACGUAUGGGCCUAUGGGAGCCAUUCUUAUUCAUAACACCACAACUGAUCAAGUAGGAAAGUGUGUGGUAUCUUGACUUGUAAUUCUUACAUGCACAAACAUACUCAGUAGAACUGGUUUCAUACUCUUCUCCUGGAUCCUAUAAUAGUUAGGACUGGGUGCAGGUGAGAUGGCUCAGUGUGUGAAAGCCUUGCUGUGUGGGACUGAAGACCCACAGUGGGAGGAGUUCCGACAUCUGAAAGUUGUCCUUUAUCUUCCACGUGUAUGACAUGACCCAUAUCUGCCUGCACUCAUACCUACAAACCCCAAGUAACAAAAUAAAUUAAGUAAAAUUUAAGAAAAAGUUGGGGUGAGAUUGUGCAUGUCCUGUGCAGACACUCUCACUGCUGUGGUAAUGAGCUGUCUGACAUGGGUGCAAGGACCCGAUCCCGGGUCUUCACAAGAGCAGUGUGCACCCUUAACCACUGGCUAUCUCGGCAACUUGUUAGUUUUCUUUGUCUGAUUGUAUCAUCUAGUACAGUGUUAGCAGAAGUGGUGAAAGCAGACAUCCUUGUCUUGUUCUUGACCUUAGGAGAAAAAAUGCACUCUUUUGCCACAAGGUUGUUGUUAGCUAUAGGUCUUUUCAUAGGAGUCGUUAUUAGAUUAGAAAUUCUGUCCUUCGCAUGUUGAGAAUUUUGUUCCUUAACUGUGAAAAGACAUUGGUGUUUGUAAAUUUUUUUCUGUUGUAAUGAGUAUUUUUGGUUGUUUAUUCUAUUAAUAUAUCACAUUGAUUUUUUUCCUUUGGCUAUUAAACCAACCUGCAUUCCUGAGAUAAAUUUUACUUGAUUGUG